UGGGUAGACUACAACAGUCCCAAAGAUUUGCAAACAAUUCUAUUGCAACUUUUGUGUCAAUUUCCUAUAGCCUAUCUGGAGAUAAUCAAGUCCACUUAUUCCAUUCAUUCUUCAUUCAAGACUUGGACAUUGACAGCGAACAAUGGAAAAUUUUAGCUUCAUACAUUUGGAAGAGCUUUUUAUGUGGAAAUCUCAUUAAACUUAGUGGCUUAAUUAAAACACAUACUAAACUAUAGUAUGAUUGGUGAGGUUUCAGUUUAAUAAAUUGAGUAAAUACAAUAUUUGGAUGUAUUGAUUGGAUGAAUUCAACCCAUUUUUGUUUAUUCAGCAAUUCAAUAUUAAACAAUCAAUGAAUUAAUGAAAUGUAUCAAUACUGCUAGUCUACUUCAGCAUCCAACAGAAGAACUGCACUUUCAAUAAGUUUAUAUUUAAUUAUAGGAGAGUUCUUCCGAUUUGAUUACAUAGUCCAAAUAGAAGUAGGGUUGCUCUCAAACAAAGAGUAAAUUGAAACUGGAACCUCCCAAAGCUGAUUUGAUUUUAUUAGAACUUUUCAGUCAAUGGGAGAAAAUGCUGAAGGACUGUUAGACUGUCCUACAGUUCAGCCCUCUGUUUUCUCUUCCUCAGAAACAUGCUAAAAGAGUUUGGUUGAUCUGUAGGAUUUUGUUUUAUUUUUGCAUCAAAUGCUUUUUUGGAAAAUUCUCAACUCCUGAAAGUCCAUUUCCUUCUGCAUUUGCAAUUCACCCUUUACUUCUACACUUUCUGUGUCAAGAGAGCAGAAAACAUUUUUAAUUUUUAAAAUGUUAUUGAAAAAUAUUUCUAAUAUAAUUCAGUAAUCCAUGCCCUUUUGAAAGUUUACAGGUCUCAAUAUUUAUGACAUUUUUAUUAAAAAGUAUACAUACUUGCACACUUAUGUGUGUGUACCCAGACAGACGAGAGGGAACUUGAACCCUGGUCAAUAUCUGUACAAAAAAAAUUAGUUUUAUUGACACAGAAAAUUAAACCACUACUGAAGUGGUUUUCCAUUGCUUUUUCUGAUAUCCCCCCCCAAGACCAAAUGGUCUCCCUUCUAGUAUUAACCAAGAGUGGGUUUCCUUAACUUUUGGAAUGGACAUAAGCCAAGAUUGGCUGUCUGAGCAUGGCACUUGGGUGGUAAGACUAGCAUUUUGAUGGAAGAGCACUACAGCAAAGAUUUAGGCCAGACUGAAAACCUGGAAAACAUACUAGAAGAAGGGAAUGGCAAAUGAGCUUGGUGUUAUUGUCAAGAAAUCUGCAUGGUGGUAUCCAUAUAGUUGUCAAAGUUGAGCUCCAAACAAUAUCCAUUUGCAUCUUUAAUUUUAAAAAUGCAAAGUUUUAAAAGAAUUGGAAACAGGUGAGAAAGACCAUUGAUAUUCAAACACAUUUGUUCUUGGAUUAUUUAACAUAUAUCACAAUAGCUAGGACUGCUAGUUGCCUAUUACUGUAAGUCACACCCACCCACACAUAUUACAUUUCUUUAUACCACUAGUGUGUCUAUCCUGGAAAAUCUCAGAUCUCAAUACCACUACAUAACAGGUGUUUCCGGAUACUGUAGCCAGAAGGGUAAUGAGAUUUAUAUUAGUUCUUAGAAAAUAUGCUUGAGCUGCUAGCAUCAAAACUCCAAAAUACAUUUUAUUAUGUUGGGGGGAAAAAACCUCCAAAAUACAUUUUAUUACGUUAGAAAGUUCAGGGUAUUUGAGUCCUCAUCCCGUAAUAAGCGUUACUCAUUAAGGUGCUGUAAUUUGUAAUUUUUUUAUAGCAACGGUCUUAAACCGAUUACUUCUUCGAAAAUAAUGUAAUUGUUCUGGAAGAAGAAAGGAGGACACGUGCAAAAAAGAACUACGGGAAAAUGAAAACAAAACAAAACAAAGGGGCCCAGACGAAAUCGAAGAAACGACUGCAUAAAGAAAAUUAAAAGUUUUAAGAAACGUAGGAAAGAGCAAAGGUUUUAAAAAAAAAAGACUGGAACGAAAGGAUCGUGCGACGCCUCCGCGGGCGGCGUGGCUUACGUGGCCUUGUUCAAAUGUCCAGCCAAAUGAGAUAAGCCAUUGUCGUCAAUGUUCGAAAAGAAGCAGACUGGCCAAUGGGAAGCGCUCGAUCGCCAACGAGAUUGAGUCCGAGCCGGCCAGGAAUCGCUCACAUCGCCUCCUCUUUCGCGCUUUCGCCCCGGGAGUCGAGCGGCGCUGUGGUUUGGAGCGCCGCCUGCCGGCCAGUCCCUUCUCCAUCAAAGCCCCGCCCGUCCCAGGCUGCCCCGCCCUCUUUGGCUCGUUUUUCUCGGUUUCUUCGGGAUUAUGUCAUCUGGCGGCAGAUCGAGCGCUUGGCUGCUUGUAUAGGCUUCCCGCGAGCAAAGGCUGCUGCUGCUGCUGCUGCUGAAGGAGCGAGAUCCCGCGACUGUGAGGUGCCGGAGGCGCAGAGCUCGGGAAGAAGGAAGCUGGGCGCUGGGAGUCUGGAAAAGCUCUUCUCCAGCAGGCGCGCCCCCCACCCACCCACCCACCUACCCGGACCCGAUCGCUUUCCGGGCGCCUCUCGCCACUGCCUUCCGCGGCUGUGGCUCGGCGGAUCUCGUUGUCUUUGGGGGUCUCCCGCACUGGAGCCGGGCGGAUGCCGCCGCAGCAAGAAGGAGAAACCGGCUACAUCAGCAAGCCGCUGCCGGGCGGCUGCGAAGUGCCUCCGGUGCCCCCGCGUCGGGUCCGCAGUAGCCGAGCGGCGGCGUUGGGGGCUGCCUUGGGUAGCCGCUGCCGGGCUGGAGCCAGCGGAGGGGCCGGAGCGAUCGGAGCGGAGCCCCGGCGCAGCAUCAAGUGUGUGCUGGUGGGAGACGGCGCGGUGGGUAAAACCAGCCUGGUGGUGAGUUACACCACCAACGGCUAUCCUACGGAGUACAUCCCUACCGCCUUCGACAAUUUCUCAGCUGUUGUGUCUGUAGAUGGCCGACCUGUGAGACUUCAACUCUGUGACACAGCCGGGCAGGAUGAAUUUGACAAGCUCCGCCCACUGUGCUACACCAACACAGACAUCUUUUUGCUGUGCUUCAGUGUUGUGAGCCCUUCAUCUUUCCAGAAUGUGACUGAGAAAUGGGUACCUGAAAUCCGAUGUCAUUGCCCCAAGGCUCCUAUUAUUCUCGUCGGGACCCAAUCGGACCUCCGAGAAGAUGUCAAAGUACUCAUUGAGCUUGACAAAUGCAAAGAGAAGCCUGUGGCGGAGGAGACCGCAAGGCUCUGUGCCGAGGAAAUAAAAGCCGCCUCUUACAUCGAAUGCUCAGCUUUGACUCAGAAAAACCUCAAAGAAGUCUUCGAUGCAGCCAUUGUGGCUGGCAUUCACUACUCAGAUACUCAGCAACAGCCAAAGAAAUCCAAAAACAGGACUCCAGACAAGAUGAAAAACCUCUCCAAGUCCUGGUGGAAAAAAUAUUGUUGUUUUGUAUAGGGUGGUGGGUUUUUUUUAAUACAAAGGCCUUGGAAAUGGUGGUUUAAUCACUGAAGGUGGUUUGAGGUGACUUUGGCUGAGAAUCUCUCUCUACUCCAGAGUGCACAGUUAAGAUCCACCCCUGAACAUGCUGCUAAAAUUAUCUCUUCCCAAUGGAGAUGUGGAAGAACGUGAGCUGGGAAGCUGAGGUGGACCAAACUGAGGGUUUUCCCACUAGUGGUAGUUUCUUUGUUGAUGACUGCUGGCCUACACUUUGAUGGAACUGAAAGCUGAACCAUGAAUUCACUGUAUACAGGUGUAGGAAGAGCUAGAACCAGGAGUGAAAUUCAGCAGGUUCUGGAGAACCGGUGAUGGGAAUUUUGAGUAGUUUGGAGAACCGGCAAAUACCA